UUCAUGGUCUGACCUCUGCAGUAACGCUGACAGGGCUGUAUGAAGCUGAAACUCAGCUCAGCGGAAGGCGGUCAGGGUUUAUCUUCUGAUAUAAAGUAAAUACUUUUCCUCUCUACGGCCGGGAAAACGGGACUUUGACACCAUGAGUACCAUGUUCGCAGACACCAUUUUGAUCGUCUUCAUCUCCAUUUGUACAGCGUUGUUAGCCGAAGGCAUUACCUGGGUUUUAGUGUAUCGGACUGAGAAGUACAAGAGGCUAAAGGCUGAAGUGGAAAAGCAAAGCAAAAAACUUGAGAAGAAAAAGGAAACCAUAACUGAAUCUGCUGGACGCCAACAAAAGAAGAAGAUUGAAAGGCAAGAGGAGAAGCUGAAGAACAACAACAGAGACCUGUCUAUGGUGCGGAUGAAAUCCAUGUUCGCCAUUGGUUUCUGCUUCACAGCUCUCAUGGGCAUGUUUAACUCCAUUUUCGAUGGAAGAGUUGUGGCCAAAUUGCCAUUUGUGCCACUGUCGUAUAUCCAGGGACUGUCACACCGCAACCUGCUGGGCGAGGAUUACACCGACUGCUCCUUUAUUUUCCUCUAUAUCCUCUGCACCAUGUCCAUCAGACAGAACAUUCAGAAGAUGCUCGGCCUUGCACCCUCCAGAGCUGCAACCAAACAGGCCGGAGGCUUUUUAGGACCUCCUCCACAAGCAGCUAAGUUUUCGUAAUCAGCAGCCCAGAUGUUCCUGCACUGCUGCCUGCAGUCAUAGCGCCCCCACCAGCGCACAGACAGAACUGCCCCCGCUGAGGUUAAAAGUCUUACCCGUUGCAGCUACAGUACCACUACUUUCUGUUUGAUUUCUUAUUCAUUUUGUUGUUUAUUUAACAUUAAACAUUACAACUGUUUUGGUUAGAAAUUAUAGGAAAAUUAUAGUUCAUUCUGUUGAUUAUCAAAGGUUACAAAUGUCAGCUGAGCAUUUAGCACAAUUCAUGGAGUGUUUGGAGAUUUUAAAUUAACGAUUGACACAGUAACAUCUGAUCCAGUUUCAGUAUUAUUGUAUGUCAUUGUAUACUGUUGUGUCAUGCAUAUUAAUAAAGUUUUAUGAUUAUAUUUCAGGCA